GUUGUAUUUAUUUAUUUAUUUUUGGAUAGCGGUGUAACAAACUGGUGGUGACAAACUUGUGAUGUCAUCAAAACAGCAUCGACAGUCCACCGAAAAUCAACACUCCCAGUUGCUCUCAUUCUUCCUCGGAAAAGACUGCAACAGACAACAGGGACCAGACAAACCAGAUCCACCGCGCUCUGCUACAAGGCCAAGAUGUCCCUCUCCGGCUGGGUGUGUGUAGUUACUGGUGCCUCCAGGGGCAUCGGCAGGGGAAUAGCGCUCCAGCUGUCUGAGGCUGGAGCUACUGUUUACAUCACAGGACGGCAAGAGAAGACCCUCAAACAAACUGCUGCUGAGGUGACUGAGAGAGGUGGGAAGGGUGUUCCAGUGAUCUGUGAUUCCACAAAAGCAGAAGACAUCAAGGCACUUUUUGAAAGGAUCAAACAAGAGCAGGAUGGCAGGCUGGACAUCUUGGUGAACAAUGCCUAUGCUGGAGUUCAGGAUAUCUUUGACAACAUGGGUAAGAAGUUCUGGGAAACUGAUCCAUCCAUUUGGGAUUCUAUCAACAACACAGGCCUGAGGGGGCAUUACUUUUUCUCAGUUUAUGGAUCUCGCUUGAUGGUGGCCCAAGGUCAUGGGUUUAUAGUGACCGUUUCAUCUAUGGGCGGACUGCAUUACCUCUUCAAUGUAGCGUAUGGGGUUGGUAAAGCUGCUUGUGACAGGCUGGCGGCUGACAUGGCGGUUGAGCUGAAAAGCAGAGGAGUGGCCUCCAUCAGUCUGUGGCCGGGACCGGUACAAACAGAGCUAGUAUCGCAGUUAGUAAUACAGAAAGAGGCACCUCAGGGUUUGAAUCCCAAGUAUAAAUAUGUGUUCGCCAAUGGGGAAACCACAGAACUAAGUGGGAAGUGCAUCGUCAGCCUGGCUAAUGAUAAAAAUCUGAUGUCCCUGACUGGGAAGGUGCUCAUGACGUGUGACCUGGCCAGGCGAUAUGGCAUUAAAGAUAUUGAUGGGCGGGAUGUAACAGAUUUUACGUCCCUAAAAUUCCUCCUGACCCAGGUCCCGUACCUCUCCUGGCUUUCAGCAGUCGUCCCCUCAUUUCUUCGCCUGCCUCGCUUUGUGCUCACACUGGCUAACGGACGCUUCUGAUGGGAUCCCUCACUCCAUGAAUGACAAAUAUUUGUAUUUUUUUGGGAAAGAAGUUGUCUUGACUCAAUCAGAUUGCAAAUAAUUAUAGCAUUUAAUGUUGCAGAUGUGCUAAAGUUGUUUCAAUGAAGGUCCACAUGAAGUAAGCUUAACAGUAGCACUAAUGUCAGUCAAAGGUGAACCCUCCCUACAUGAUGGUAACAACACUAACUGUGCAAGUUCUUUUGAACUAACCACAGAAUGUAUUUCAUUACUAUUGUAUAGACGGAAGAAAAAUAGGAACUGGGGUCGUUCUGGGUUAUCAGACAUGAGCUCCUUCUCCCUGAAGAUGUUUGAAGGAUAAAAAUGUGAAGUUCAACCCAAUCAGCUAAAAAGAAGUGUGAUUUUUACAUUGAAUGUAGAGUUUUAGUGUUAUGUUUAGGCUGCACUCGUACUUAAUUUCUGCUUUUGUUGCUCUUUCUUUUUUCUUCGAUGUGCAGGCAGUCAUUGUUUGUGCUUGAUGCGCUGUUUUUUUUUGGCAGGAUCUUCAUUCGUGUAAUGAGCCUUAUUUUUCCCUGAGGGGACAUUGAGGUGGAUGCACGGCUGUAGAUAAACCAGAAGGAAUAGCAUCGCCCCUUAUCGGUGAAGGAGUGCCAUCUCAUGUUCCUUGUGUCUUACAGGUUAAAAAUAGGACUACAAUAAGAAACCAGUUGACAUUCAGAACUUUCAGCUUAUUUUCUAUCUGCCUAAAUAACUAAUAUAUUUUCCAACUAAAAUACAAUUCAACAAAG